GACGCCUGUGUAACAAAAUCCCCAAUCGAACCGGUCCGGGCUGGGAAUUCCCCGGGAAAUCACCUACUCAGCCAGCGAAAGGCGAGAGGCUUUUUCUGGAAACUUGGCCGCUGUGGAGCCGCGGGUGUGCUGCUCGCACGGCUGAGUGAAGGGUUUAAUAUGGAGCGGACAGAGACAUGGAAACGGGGCUGAAUCACGCCGCGGAGGCGCCUGGCGCUGUUGUUGUGGCGGAAUUUGAUCCCAGACGAAAAACGGCCCUGAAAACAAACGGCCAGAGCUGAGCUAAACUCGGGCUAGCCGAUUAGCCCGUUAGCUGGUUAGCUUGUUAGCGCUAGGUGGCUAACAGCGGGCGAGCUCUCUGUAAACAGUAACGUUAGCUAAAACCAGCGGGUAGUUUGUUUGGUUUUUGAUCCGGAGGAGAAAGUGGCUGGCAUUAACGACAGAGGCUUGAUUUUCUCGGAGCUAUAGCCAGCUAAAUGAUUAUAAAUGGAGUGGGCGCACCAACGGUUCUCCCAAGACCUCCAGAGCGGCGGCUAUGGGGAGCAGGACGGGCAGCCCGGGGCCGGGAAGGGGCGCUCGGAGAUCCCCCCUGAGGACUGGUGCGACAGCGGGCUCGACUCCUUCCUCGACGCCGAGAACGAGCCCGUGCUGGAGCUGCCGUGGCCCCGCGGGUUCCCGGCGGACUGCGGCGGAGCGGGAGAGAGUCAGAGCGGGGAGUGCGUGUCUCUGGGCGGCGGAGGAGGGGAGAGGCUGGACUCCGCUAUCGGGGACUCCAUCACAGACGAGGCGGCGGCGGUGGAGAGCCUGUCGGCCGGGAUCAGGACCGUGCUGCUCGCGGGGGAAGCCGAGGAGAAGGCAGCGGGAGCCGGGGACGGAGAAGAGAGAGCCCGGGAGGAAGAGCAGAGGAAAGAGGAGCUCUGGAGGACUCUGAGCUUUGUGUCGGAGGACGGAGACACUGCACUACACCUGGCGCUGAUCCACGAGCAGUGGGGAUUUGUGCAAUACCUGCUGGAGCUCAUCUCCCACAACCACACCUGGACCCCAUACCUGGACAUUCAGAAUGAUCUGGGACAGACCGCUCUGCAUCUGGCAGUGAUCGUAGACCAAAGCCAGUGUGUGUGCGAGCUGCUGAAGGCUGGGGCGUGUGCUGAGCUUCAGGAGAGGGGAGGACACACUCCCCUGCACCUUGCAGUGAGGGAACAGCGUACAGAGUGUGUGAGGGAGCUCACAUCUUGCACCAGCGUUGCAACAAAGCACCUAAACAUCCCCAACUACGCAGGGGUAAGUGCCCUCCACUUGGCUGUACAAAAAGGGCGGUGUGACAUAAUCAGCAUGCUGCUGGAAGCUGGAGCUGACGUUAACCAGAGGGAUCAGGGUUCUGGGCGGACCCCGCUGCACUGGGCAGUGGAGUCUCAGAAUUGCGCUGUGGUCGAGCUGUUGCUCAGAGGUAGAGCCUCUGUGGACCAGCGAUCCUACGCUGGACACACACCACUCUACUGCGCCCUCUACAGGCCUAACAAGAGACUGCAGGCUUUACUCAAAUCUGCUGGUGCCUCUACCCCAGAGGUGGAAGAAGACGAGGAGGAUGAUUACAAUGAUGAAGAAGAGGAGAGGGAAAGUGAAGAGGAGGAAUUUGAUGAUGUCAUCAUCCAUGGACAAAGAGUGCUGUAACUGGACAUCGAGACAGGGUUGCAAGAGACUUACAGGGACUUGAUUCAGAGAGUAUGUGUGUACGCGUGUGUGUAACAUUAUUAAUGCUGGUACUUUUUGAGCUUGCAGUGCUGCAAGUCUAAUUAGUGUGUGAUUCUUUUUUUUCUGAGCUGUAAAAUUCUGCAUAUUACCAACUAAAAGAGCUGAAUUAAACUGCUGAAAAUUUCACAGACUCCAAUUACACUGUCUUUAGGGACCGUCCCUAAAAAGAUAUUUUGAAUAAAGAUGCGAGAGGCAGCCCCGCGUGUCAGCAUUUCAUCGUUUCAGGAUGCAAGUUCCUCACUUGGGAUUGUACUGUACAUUUUAGACCUUUUGUUAUUUAUAGUAGUAGCAUACGCAGGAGGCAGUUAUUGUUUUUUUUUAUCCCUGCCUUAUGAACGAGCCCAGUUCUUAAAGCUAAACAAGAAACAGUGGCAGCUCUUCACACAUUUAUUAUUUUUUUUCUUUUCUUUUCUUUUUUUUUCUUUUUUUUUUAUUACUUAUUCAAUCUGAUUGCUCAAACAUAGAUAUAGAUGUUGUAGCCUUACUGGUGGUGGUGGUACCUCUAAAACACUAAAAGUGAUGUAGCCGCAAAAUCUUAAUAGUUAAAACAUUUUAAAUGCUUAAAUAUUUAAUGUCUUAUAAUGGUUCUGAAUAUGUAUUCUGGGGAAAAUCAGAAUGAGUGCUACAGUUUAAUCAUUGGUACCUGCUGUAACACCUAGCUAAUUUCAACAUGUCCGUUAUGUAAAGCAAUAGAAGAUUUUCACCUUCCCAAAUGUGGUUAAUGAGCCAAGAACCUACAGAGUUCAAAGAUUUGUACUUGGAUUAUGACGCUAAUAUACAAAGAUAAAAGAAACAGAAAUGUCUAUAAAAAGUUUUUAACUUAAAACAAAAGUAAUAGUAAAACAACUGUAUCAAAACUAUAUUUUUAUGUAGUUUGGCUGAUCAACUACAUUUGGGCUGAAGGUUUUUUGUAAAUUAGAUUCUAAUCUAAACCAUCUUUAACCUUUAGUAAAUGUUGGCCUAUAAUAAUGGCUGGUGUAAAGCUUUAGGGCCACAAGCAAAAGCCACCAAACAGCAGCAUGUAAACUACACUAUAGAUUGAGUACAGGACAGCAACUCAGCACUUACCAUAUAUUAUAUGGAGUAUAUUUUAAAUGUCAUUUUAAAAGACAUGCUAAUAGUGCUAGUGUUUUUUGUCGUUUUGAAGAAAUCUGACUGACCCUCUGAUGAACCUCAUUUAACAUCAGCAACACUACUAUUUUUGGCUUAUUCAUGUACGUUUGAACUUGUCGUUUCUCUGAACAUCUUGGUGUAACUUGCCGUUUCUUCAGAGGAGAUCAGUAAAAAAGUUCUCAUUGGAGUGUUCUGUGAUGUGGGAGCUAUUAGGAGAAGGUAAACAGGAUAGAAAGAAGGCCUCCAUGUAUUUCCUGCGAAAGGAAAUAAAUGAGCGUAGCAAUAAGCCGACCAGUCAACGCGAGCCUGCUGGCUGGUAAUCUUUCUUCAGAUUAAUUUGCCAGUCAUUUGAGUUCCUGACCAAUCACAGGCAUUGUUGCUACUGCUUUCAGCCAGGGGGUUCGCCCAGUUUCCAUGUUCGUGACCCAGCGAGUGAAGCUUCUGCACGUCUGUGAAACAUCUGCGGCUCUUCACUUUGUGUUAUGUCACAGGUUGGUGGAAGCCAAGCGAGCGUCGCCUCUGCAGAAAGUGUUCUGAGGCCUUUAGCGGGAUGUGGAUAUGAGUGAGGGAUUAACAGGAUUGUAUGGAAGAAAGACAAAUGAAUUGUCUGAGCGUUUGUUCAUACUAUGUUUUUGGUUCCUUGUCAGUUGAUUUGGAGUUUAAAUGAGUGAUACUGUUAACUUUAAAGCCCAGCUAUCUGGGCUUAACCUUUUGAUUUUUGUUUUGUAUUUUUUUUCAGUUACUUUUCUCUCUUUAGUAGGAAUGGGUGAUGGCUGCAGACAUGCUGUAGAAUGCUUGAAAUGGAGAAUAAAUAAAAUAAGCUAAAAAUGAAGAAA